GCUCCCCCGGUCCCAGCGCCAUCCCGGGCGGCCGCGGGACCGCGCCAGCCCCGCCGGGAUCCCCCCCGCCCCCGCAGCCCGGGACGCCCCCCGAGGGCAGCCCGAGCCCGCCGAGGGGACCCCGCAACCCGCGACACCCCUGGGGGGGCUCCCCAGCACCCGCCGGGGGGGGCUCCGCCUUCCGGGACGCCCCCCACCCCCGAGGGAACCCCAGGGCCGCCGGAGAGCCCCGAGAGGAGACCCCCACCCCCGAAAGGAGACCCCCGGCCUCCGGGCGUCGCUCGUGGGGGGGGGGAGCGACUGAGAGGGGACAGACAGACGGGACCCCCCCCCCUCCUCACCGAGGGGACCCUUCCGAGGCUCCGCGAGCCCCCCCGAGGGGCCCCAGAGUCCGGGACCCCCCCCCCCCGAGGGGUCCGCAGCGCCCGGCCCGGAGCCCUCGCCCUCCGCGGGGUCGGGCGGGGGGUCUCGGGGGUCUGGGGGGUCUGGGGGCAGCAUGUGGCGCUGGGGGGGGCUGUGGGCGGCGCUGGCGGCGCUGGCGGCGCUGGGGGGGGCGCGGGGGGGGCGCGGCCGUGGCCCGGGAGCGCUUCAAGGUGGUCUUCGCCCCCCUGAUCUGCCGGAGGACGUGUCUGAAGGGGCUGUGCCGGGACUCGUGCAGCCAGCCCGGCUCCAACAUGACCCUGAUCGGCGAGAACGGGCACGCGGCCGACACGCUGACCGGCUCCGGCUUCCGCGUGGUGGUGUGCCCCCUGCCCUGCAUGAACGGCGGCCAGUGCAGCUCCCGCUCGCACUGCCUGUGCCCCCCCAACUUCACCGGCCGCUUCUGCCAGGUCCCCCGCGGGGGGGGGCGCGCUCGGCAGGGGGGGGACCCCCCCCCUCCGCCCCCCCCGCGCCCCCCGACGCCCCCCCCCGAGCCCGCCCCGGGCUCCAAGGUCGCCGUUUACGCCGUGCAGGUCAUCGCCGACGGGCCCGGGGGGGCGGCCGCGCCCCCCGAGCCCCCCCCCGGGGCAGCCCACGCCACCUUCGUCGUGCCCCUGGGGCCGGGGCACCACUCGGCUGAAGCGCAGGUGCCCCCUCCCCUGGUGAACGUGCGGGUCCAUCACCCCCCCGAGGCCUCGGUCCAGGUCCAUCGCAUCGAUCCGCGCCCCCCCGAGGGGGCCCCCCGGGCCGGGGGGGGGCUCCUGGCGCACCCCGCGCAGCCCCCGGCCGGCAGCAAGCCCCCCGCGCCCCCCCGGCCCCACACCCACAAACCGCUGGGCCGCUGCUUCCAGACCCUGCCCAAGCACUCGUGCGGCAGUAACCCCCUGCCCGGGCUCACCAAGCUCGAGGAUUGCUGCGGCAGCAUCGGCAGCGCCUGGGGACAGAGCAAGUGCCACAAGUGUCCCCACGUGCAGGUGUGAGCGGGGACCCCCGCCCCCGGACCCCCCCGGGGGGAGCGCGGGGGGGACUGUCCCCAGGGCUACAAACGGCUCAACAGCUCCCACUGCCAGGACAUCAACGAGUGCGCCCUGCCCGGCGUGUGCCAGCCCGGCGAGUGCCGCAACACCCAGGGCAGCUUCCGCUGCUCCUGCUCGGCCGGGCACGUGCUGGGCCCGUCCCGGAGCCAGUGCCUGCCGGAGCCGGGCGAGGAGCGGGGUCUGUGCUUCCGGCUGGUGUCGGGGUCGCAGCAGUGCCAGCACCCCCUGCCCACCCGCCUGACCCGCCGGACGUGCUGCUGCAGCGUGGGCAAGGCCUGGGGGGGGCGCUGCCAGCGCUGCCCCCCCGACGGCACCGCCGCGUUCAAGGCCAUCUGCCCGGCCGGGAAGGGCUACCACGUGCUCACGUCGCACCAGACGCUGACGAUCCAGGGCGAGAGCGACUUCACGCUGCACAUCCACCCCGACGGGACCCCCGAGCGGCCCCCCGCGGCCGCCCCCCGCCCGCCCCCAGCCCCGCGCCGCCCGACGAGCCCCCCCCCGCCGCCAGCUGUGACCCCCCCGGCCAUGCUGCCGGCGUUCUGGAGCCCCUCGGAGGAGCAGGGCCUGGAGCAGCCCCCGGGGAGCAGCGACCCCCCCCGGUACCCCGCGCUGGUGGCCCGUCCCACGCCGGCCCCGCUCUGGCGCCUGCCCCCGGAGCAGCUGACGCGCAGCGCGGCCGAGAUCGCGCCCACCCAGGUCACGGAGACGGACGAGUGCAAACUGAACCGGAACAUCUGCGGGCCCGGCGAGUGCGUGAUGGGCCCGGGCGGGUACAGCUGCCUGUGCUUCCCGGGGUACCGCUGGCACCCGCAGCGCCGCUACUGCACCGACGUGAACGAGUGCGAGGCGGAGCCGUGCGGCGCCGGGCGCGGCGUGUGCAUGAACACGGGUGGCUCCUACACGUGUCACUGUCACCGCGGCUUCCAGCUGCGCCUGCACAAGGGACUGCGCACCUGCGCAGACAUCGACGAGUGUGCCAAGGGUGACGUGUGCGGGGACGGUGGCACCUGCUCCAACGUGCCGGGCCACUACAAGUGCGAGUGCCACCCGGGCUACCGGCGCAAGGGCUCGCGGCCACCGCUCUACAUCAACGAGUGCCUGGACGCGGGGACGUGCCCCGACUCCAAGUGCGAGAACCACCCGGGGGGCUUCGUGUGCACCCCCUGCCCCCCCCGGCUUCCGUGGCCUCAACGGCGCCUGCCUCGGGCCGGGGUCUCACUGGGGUCCCCCCAGACUGUGAACGAGUGCGAGGCCGGGGGUCUCUGCCCUGGGGGGGGCUGCGUCAACACCCCCGGCUCCUACAAGUGCCAGUGCCCCCCCGGGCUGCAGCCGGCGCGGGACCCCCCCCGCUGCCAAGACAUCGACGAGUGCGAGUUCGCGGCCGCCUGCGUGGGGGGGGACUGCGUGAACACGGCGGGGUCCUACCGGUGCCUGUGCCCCCCCGGGUACACCCUGCUGCACGGCCGGCGCUGCCAGGACAUCGACGAGUGCGCGCUGGAGCCGGGGCCCCGUGCCCCCCCCCCCGGCAGCUGCACCAACCUCGAGGGCUCCUUCAGCUGCCGCUGCCCCCCCGGGCUCGCCCCCAGCCCCGACGGGCGCCGCUGCCCUCC